AGCUAGCUCUGCACAUAGCAUCACUCUCUGUCCUUACUCUGCUGCUCAGUGGUUAAAUCCGUAAGUCUCUCAUGUUGACAUUGGAAAGAUCGUAGUCUUCAACUACUUUACUGGUGGUACAGAACAUGCAAUCUCAGAAUGCACAGGAACGUCGCAUCGCUCGUGUUUUCUGGAGCUCUCCCUUUGGAGGAUUGGAAGAGGAAAGGGAACUACUCACCAAGAAAUACUGGCCCCGACUAGCUCACAUGUGCCAAAAAGCGGGGUACGAGUACGUUCCAGUCGAUAUGAGAUGGGGCAUCACAUCAGGCCACUCAACCCAGGCUCUGACAAUAGCUAUCUGUCUCCGAGAACUUGACCGCUCCGACAUGAUUGUUGGAUUCUUCGGCCAGAGGUAUGGCUGGCACGGAGAUAAAGAUCAGAUGUUACAGAAGACCUUUGACUACGCCAGUCCGAGCUAUCCCUUCAUUGAUGAGUAUCGAGAUCGUUCGGUCACCGAGCUAGAGUUUCUUCAUGGACAUCUAAAUCAUCCUGGAGCUCGAGCUGCAAGCUUCUUCUUUAGAGACAAGGCAUACGAUGAUCAGAAACGUGUUGAGUAUGAAGCAGCAGAUGAUGAGAGGAAUGCUAGGAAGUAUCGGGCGACAUCCGAUGGUCCAAACGCUGAACAGUUCCUGGAUGAUCUCAAGUCAAGGGUCAAGGAGACAAAAGAUAAGUGCCUUACAAUACACCCUAACUAUACCACACCGAGUGAGGGCGCCAGACUGAUGUUUGAAACUGCCCAAGACUUCUUACAAGACUUUCUCAAACCGCAGAGGGCGCUCUCGGGACCCGAGACAGACCGCCUUGAGCACCACGCCUUCCUGAUCCAGAAGCUUGGGAUGGGUGGCAAGUACGUAGGCGGGGAGGGGUACAUGAUGGAGGUGGACAGCCAUGUCUUGGAGAAAAGACAUGAGUACAAGAAGAAACACCUGCUCGUUACAGGAGAACCAGGAAGUGGUAAGACCUGUCUACUAGGUAAUUGGAUUCUUAAACAUCAAGAGCAGUAUCCUGAUGAUGUUAUUGCGUAUCACAUUGUUGGAUGUUCUAGCAGUAGUACAAGUGUGAAAAAUGUUCUUCAGAGAUUAAGCAACGAUGUAGAGGAUGCCUUGUUUAGCGUCAAUGGUGGUCCAACUCCAGAGAGAGUCUACGCCACUAACGGGAAGGAAGAUGUACGAGAGCUACGUCAGAUACUGACUUCUGUUGUCAACAAGGCGUCCAAGGGAGAUCGGCGAGUGAUUAUCGUCAUUGAUGCUCUUAAUAUGCUGGAGAAGGCUGGCAAAACUAUGAAGACUUUAUACUGGCUGCCAAAGUUCCUCCCAGACGUUGCCCAUCUCAUUCUCUCCUCCGUGUCCUCAGACGACGUCAACAUCCGAGAACUCAUCCAAGAAAGAGAGUUCAGUCAACUGACGAUGAUCCCACUUACUGAAGACAUUCAGUCUACGGUCACCAAGAACAUGUUGAUCGUCAGAGGCAAGGAGUUAUCCCAGCAGCAGCAUGACCGGGUUGUAGGCUGCUCCCAGACUGAAAAUCCACUGUUCCUUAUGAUUCUGUUGCAGGAACUAUGUAGUUUUGGCAGUUUCUUUGAGCUGGAUGACUACAUUGACUCACUGAUUGCUGUAAACAGUGUCACCGAGCUGUUUGUAAAAUUUUUGAAAAGGCUUGAAAAGGAUUACAACCCGGAAGAGAAAACCAAUCUAGUUCAUGAGGUAAUGUGUUGCCUGCUGGUUGCUAGGCGUGGCCUCUCUGAGGGUGAGAUUAAGAAGAUCUUAGGGGUGUCGGAUCAGAUGUGGUCGAUGCUAUACUUUGCCAUGAAUGACUUUGUUGUUGAGAGAUCUGGCCUUUAUGUGUUAGCAAACACCGAAUUAGCAGAAGCAGUCCGGCAGCAUUUCUGCAUCGACGAAAAUACACAGACUAAAUUCACCAGGCUUAUUUGCGACUAUUUCCUUCAAAUAUUUAAGGAGCUUUACCCUAGGUACAACACCAAGAUACCUUGCAGGGUAUUAGAAGAGUUGCCAUGGUUACUGUGUAAACUCGGGGACAAUGCUCAGCUUCAAGAUUGCCUGUUGAAUCUGGCCAUGUUUAGUGCACUGUACAGUGGUCAACACAAGUACGACCUCGUGGAUUACUGGAACAGCACCGGGGUACCAGGGAAAGAGAUACAACAAUCCUACAUGGGAUCCCUGGAUGACCAAGUGGCCUUACUGUAUGACCAGAGUAUAGUGGAAACUGGUACCCUGCCCAGGCCCACCCCAGGAAUACAGUUGAUUUCCGUUGUUGGAGAUAUAAGUAGCUUCCUGGUUGAGGCUGGACAUAGGACAGUGUUGGAACCUCUGCUGCUCAGAGCAAUUAGGAUGCAUCCGGUGCAAGAUGAGACCAAGGUCCUGACUUCUGAUUUAGACACAACGAGGGAUUAUUGCUAUCGGCAGAACCAGCUUGCAUGUUUCUAUGCGGACACCGAUAGAUUUGAUCAGGCUCUGGUUAUUCACAAGAAACUACUUGAGCUCAAAGGAAAGCUUGAUCCCAAGGUAUGGGCAUCAGAGAAAGCAGUAACACUCAACAAUAUGGGUUUUCUACAAAUGAAACUGGGUAAUAAUCAACAGUCUCUAGAAUAUUUCCAGCAAGCCCUAGCAUUUCACAAGGAGGUAAUCACCGACGAUGAUGCCCAUGAGGUAAUAGCAAGCGCUACAAACAAUAUUGGCUCAGUCCUCGCCGUCAUGGGACGCUAUGAUGAAGCUGCACCUAUACUGGAGAGAUCACUAGAGAUCUAUGAGGAGAUUUACUUUGAUAGUCUCCCUCCAGACGUUGGAGGAACUUUACUCAACUUGGCCAAGUGUCAUGUACGGAAUCCUGAGAAGACAACGGAUGAAGUGGAGGCUACAUAUCAGAGGGCUUUAGACAUCCGUGUCAACGCUUAUGGUCACAACCAUCCAGAGGCUGCCCAAGUGCUGAUGACAUACGGAGCUUACAUGAUGAGACGAGACAAGACAGACGAAGGACUCAAGAUGUACCUUGAAGCACUUGAUAUCUUUGAGGUUUCGUACGGUUCUGAUGGUUUAGAUACAACAAUGGUGAAGGAGAAUGUAGCCAUGGCGUACGUCGUCAAGGGGCAACAUGAAGAAGCCAUACCUUACUUCAAUCAGGCUGGAGAGAGCCUCCACAAGCUGGGUCUGAUGGACCGGUCUUCACAGUUCCUCAAUUCUUCCAUGCUUAACUACUACCUCCAGAACAAGAGAAUGGCUGAAGCACAUCAGGUCCUGGAGCGAGUAAUCACAGCUCAGUUUGCAACGGAGGACAUGUUUGUUACUCUAGAACAGUUGGACGAGCUGCUUCUGGGAGAUCAACGACCCGCGAGACCCUUUGAGCAAACCUUGGACUACGCCUUACAAAAAUUUCCAAGUGGCAUGCGUGUCCUUGGCCGGAAGCUGGUCCUCCUAGCCCGGUCAGGAGAAGCAGAUGCUAUGCUGGACAUCAUCAGGAACAACCCUGCCGGUAGAGAUGACCCUGCGCUCUACAUGUACGCCUACAAGGUGUUUGUGGAGAAUGGCCACAGGGAGGAGGGACAGAGAAUCCUCCUGGCUGCCUCGGAACACUUCCCUGACAAUGUGGUGGUCUUGGAGAAUCUCGCCAAGUGUCACAGUAUCUACAAACGCUACCCAGAGGCCCUUGAGGUGAUGGAGCGAGCAUUGGUCGUCAACCCUCAGGAUAUUGACCUACUGAUACUUAGGGCUAACCUUCUUGGGAUGAGCGAUCAACUCAAGGAGAGUAGAGAGAGGCUCCUGGAGGCAAAGAGGAUCGCCGAGAAGAAAGAUGACCAAGAAAAUGUAGACAAGAUUACUGCAAUUUUGAAGAAUCUGGACAAGAUCAUCAUCAGCGCCAGUGCAAAUACUUGAUGAUCAAGGAUGUCAGGUGUUCUGUGCCCACACCAGGUACUCUUCCUGACGUAACUCGAGGCUGGAUUGAUUUGAACAUUAACUAGAGAAGAGCUUUCAUAUAAUUAGGUUUUUUUUAGUCCACGUUGGGUCACCUAGAUAUUAAGCACAUUAAUUAAAACCCCUUAUACUCUUUAUGCACAGGAGAUAUCAGGGACCUUUGUUCACACAUUAUUUCGCUUAAAGGCAGUGGACACUAUUGGUAAUUACUCAAAAUAAUUAUUAUCAUAAAACCUUACUUCGUAAC